AGAUCUAGAACACUUUACGACAGUGUUGACAACUGCGACUUUCUGCCGCUGGUGUAAACAUAUACACGCCUUCGUAUUGUUUUGUUUCGUUAAAGUCAUUAUUUAGUUUUGUACAGAAAAGGCUGUGGCGACAUGAGUGUGUUCGACUUAUUUCGCGGGUUCUUCGGAGUAACACCCGGGGGCCACUACCGCGGCCGAAGGGACCCCUUCUUCGAUGCCAUGACCCAUGAUGAGGAUGAUGAGGAGGAGGAGGAGGAGGAUGGUUUCUACUAUGACGGGCACCGGGGGGACCAGCAGCCGGAUCCCUCUGACGGUGCCUGGAGGUUUGGCUUCAGUCUGGGCCCAGAUGGGUUCAGGGCCCAGGAGCCUCCGGUGUUCGGCCAAGUCCUCCGGGAGAUGGAGGAGAUAUUUUCCCUAAUGGGCCGCUGGGACGGACAGCCAGAGUCUGGACACCUUGGUGUCCCCAGUAUCACGCCGUCGCCACCGUCUCAGGACAGAGUUGAGAAAGGAGGAGGAGGGGGAUCCAAUGGGAACACCCUGAGAGACUUUAUGUUUAAAACCCCUGACAGGGACCCAGGAGGGCCCCAACCAGGGCUGGCUGGAGAGCCCAGAUAUGAAAGCCGCCAAUUCUCCAAGUUCCAUGAGCUUUGGAGACAGGGGCUUGAGAAAACCCGAGCAGAGGAGCACAAAGGAGACAGAGACCUGGACUCUGCAGUGUCCUCCGGGGGCCUGGAUCGGAUUUUGACGCCACCUGCUGGUGAGACGCAGAAGAGCCAGCCCAAAAUCCGAUCAUUCUUCCAGUCAGUCACCGUCUCCAAGGUGGUGAAACCUGAUGGGACUGUAGAGGAGAGGCGGACAGUUCGAGACGGCCAAGGCAAUGAGGAAACCACUGUGACCCGCUCAGGAGGUCCUGGGACCCUGGAGGGACCAGACGAUCCAACUACACCUGUUCUGCCAGGUGGUCAACGCCCCUUUUCACACAUGCGGGAUGACGACUCCUUAUUUUCCAAGUUUUUCGGAGGGUUUAAAUAAUGUUGUAAAGUGACAUAUCCUCUCUGAGUGACCGUAGCUUUUAUUCUCUGAUAAUAUUUCAGUCGGAGUUUGUGUUUUUAAAGAAUUGAUCCAUACAUGGACAGAACACUUUCAUGAACUACAGUUGCCAAAUUUGAUUUGGAGUAAGGGUCACUGGUCUGAUGAUAACGCCGGGUUUACAACUGACCAUGAAGCUGUCAAGCCUGGAGAAACAUCAGGUCCUGAGCAUUUCACAGUUACAUGCUUUAUUUUUGUAUUAUGUAUGUGUGGGUGCGUGUAUGUGUGUGUGAGUGUUUGAUGAAUCAAAUAAAGGGUCUUAAUAUAUUUCCAAAAAAAGAAUUGUUCAUGUUAUUUAUUUUUUUACAUGUCUAUUUAAUAAAUAUUUUCUGCAGCUAGUCUUUGCUGUUCA